AUAGAUUUGACCUUAAUACUUACAGCAUACAAGAUGAACAUGAUAAGAUCAUUAGUGAGGGGUUCAACUUCAAUAUUCCCAUCUGUUAGACAAGUUCUGUUUCAACAACCAGCUAUCAUCACACCAUUUUCUGCAUAUACUCGUUUAUUUUCCAAUAGUUUGAUUCACCAUGCACCACCUCAACCUAAAACCAAGGCAAACGUACAAGAUUUAGAAACAUUCUUUAAAGCCAUUGGUCGUAAUACAGUUGAACAUUUAGAACUUUUUGAUGGAAGUUUGCCCAAGUUCUUGAAGGCAUCUUCAGCAGAAAUGAAGGAAAUGGGAAUUGAAACCCGUACAAGAAGAUACAUGAUAAGAUGGAGAUAUAAGUUCGAAAAUGAUUUAGAGCCAUUGCGUGAACAUAAACGAGGCAAGAAGAAGAAUGGUGGUCAAAGAAAAGCCAAGGCCGUUAUUGCUAAACGUAGAGCUUUGGAAAGAAUUGCUCAAAGAGAAGCAUUUGCCAAGAGUGAAUUGGAUGCCGAAACUAGAGGUGAAAGAUUGUUCUAAUUAGGGGAGGGAUUAACAAGGAGCUAAUGUAUAUCUGUAAAUAGAUUCGUAUACUUACAAAAACAUAAUAGAGUGUACAAAUGAAAAGCAUAUCAACAGACCUUAACAUU